UGAGGAUUCGCGAACGGAGCAAGUCAAACCGCAACCUCGAUAACAAUUAAGAAGCGUUUUUCUUAGUAAGAAACAAGAAAGCAAAAUUAAGAUUCGGAGAGCCCAAAACCAUCGCGACCGUGAAAAUGAUCGCUGACGGAGUCGAAGACGAAGAGAAAUGGCUCGCCGCCGGCAUCGCCGGCCUCCAACAGAACGCUUUCUACAUGCAUCGCGCUUUGGAUUCGAACAAUCUCAGAGAUGCUUUGAAGUAUUCUGCUCAGAUGUUGUCUGAGCUUCGAACCUCGAGGCUUUCCCCUCACAAAUACUACGAACUAUAUAUGCGAGCAUUUGAUGAAUUGAGGAAGCUGGAGAUGUUUUUCAAGGAAGAACCGAGGCGUGGUUGUUCCAUUAUCGAUCUGUAUGAGCUCGUGCAGCAUGCUGGCAAUAUAUUGCCUAGAUUGUAUCUUCUUUGUACUGUAGGCUCUGUAUAUAUCAAAUCCAAGGAAGCUCCGGCUAAGGAUGUUCUCAAAGAUCUUGUUGAAAUGUGCCGUGGCAUCCAGAAUCCUGUGCGCGGGCUCUUUCUAAGGAGUUACCUGGCUCAAGUUAGUAGGGAUAAAUUGCCUGACAUAGGUUCUGAGUAUGAAGGGGAUGCAGACACUGUAGUGGAUGCUGUGGAAUUUGUGCUUCAAAACUUUACAGAGAUGAACAAGUUGUGGGUGCGAAUGCAGCAUCAGGGACCUGCCCGAGAAAAGGAGAAGCGGGAGAAAGAGAGAAGCGAGCUACGCGAUCUUGUUGGGAAGAAUCUUCAUGUACUCAGUCAGAUAGAGGGUGUUGACCUUGAUAUGUACAAAGAUACUGUUCUUCCCAGGAUCCUUGAACAGGUUGUCAAUUGUAAAGAUGAGCUAGCUCAAUACUAUCUAAUGGAUUGCAUAAUUCAAGUUUUUCCUGAUGAAUACCACUUGCAAACUCUUGACGUGUUGUUGGGUGCUUUCCCACAACUUCAGCCAACCAUUGACAUUAAAACAGUGCUAUCUCGAUUAAUGGAAAGGCUAUCAAAUUAUGCUGCUUCAAGUGCUGAUGUGUUGCCUGAGUUCUUGCAAGUAGAAGCCUUUUUGAAGUUGAAUAAUGCCAUUGGAAAGGUGAUAGAAGCACAGCCUGAUAUGCCUAUCCUUGGGGUGAUAACUCUAUAUUCAUCUCUUCUUACAUUUACUCUCCAUGUCCAUCCGGAUCGGCUUGAUUAUGCAGAUCAAGUGUUGGGAGCAUGUGUUAGAAAACUCUCUGGCAAAGGAAAGCUUGAAGACAACAAAGCAACAAAACAGAUUGUUGCCCUUUUAAGUGCUCCGCUUGAAAAAUAUAAUGACAUUGUUACAGCAUUAAAGCUUUCUAAUUACCCACGUGUCAUGGAAUACCUUGAUAGUGAAACAAAUAAAGUCAUGGCAACUGUGAUAAUUCAAAGCAUUAUGAAGAACAAAACUCAUAUCUCGACUGCUGACAGGGUUGAGGCGUUGUUUGAACUGAUAAAAGGUCUUAUUAAGGAUCUGGAUGGGACUCUUGAUGAUGAGGUUGAUGAAGAUGAUUUCAAGGAGGAGCAGAAUUCUGUUUCACGUCUUAUCCAGAUGUUGUAUAAUGAUGAUCCAGAAGAGAUGUUUAAGAUAAUAUGCACGGUGAGGAAGCAUAUCUUGGCUGGAGGACCAAAACGUCUACCCUUCACUGUCCCUCCCCUUGUUUUAUCUUCGCUUAAGGUUUGUUUCCAUCUAGUGUGUUAUGAAAUUGCAAGUUAA